AAUGGCAGAGGCAGAAGGUCACAAGCUCUUUCAAAAGCCUCAGGAGCCGAAGCUUAAAGUACUGGGAGUCUUGAUAAUUGAAACCAGCAGUCAGGGCGUGUUCAGGUUCUUCUGUGAAUUUUGCCGCCUGGAGAUGACAAGAUUCUCUAGGGUUGAGAGGGAGGUCCACUUCGCUGAACAACACUUUUACAGAGUUUUGCUUUUGUUGAAUAAUCAGCGGCGCAGAGAACAGAGCAAAAGAGAAAGUAUCUUCCCUGGAUUCUGUUAUUUCUGUAACAGUAUUCCACCACAAGGGGAGUCUCUUGUAGUUCAUCUGGGUUCAAAGCAUCAGUUAAUCUACGAUGUUAUACCUCUCCCUUGUCACUCUGUAACACCGGAUCUUGCAUCAGAUGAUACCACUUCAGUCGGGAACCUUGAUGAGAAUACAGCUGAGUUUGAUGACAUGGAUUCGCCAGAAAUGAACUUUCAUGAGCUUGGUAGGCCAGACACUCAAACACUUCUGAUGCCAGACACCCAGACACCUCUGAUGCCAGACACACAGACACCUCUGAUGCCAGACACCCAGAUUAAACCCAAUAUAAUUCAGAAAAGAGGAAACCCCACAGAGUACAUUUAUGAUGAAAGGGUCACUACCUCACAGGAAAUGAAGACACAGCAUUACGGGUCACAGAUUUCUAAUUUCCAGGGGUUUAAUGUCUCAGACUCACAUGGAAUAAACAUGAUGCAGUACAAUAUGCAGAAUCCAAAUUUCCAGAGUUUUAAUGAACCGGGCCCAAGUGGAAUUAAUAUGAAUCAGUACAGUACACCAAAUAUAAAUGUCCAGGAGUGGAAGGAAUCGGGCUCAUGUGGAAUGAACAUGAAUCAGUACCGUACGCAGAAUCCUGACUACCAAAGGUUUAAUGAACCUGGCCCAAGUGGAAUUAAUUUGACUCAGUACAAUACUCCAAAUGUAAACGUCCAGGGGUGGAAGGAAUCGGGCUCAUGUGGAAUGAAUAUGAAUCAGUGCGGUACACAGAUUUCAAGCAUCCAGAGGUUUAAUGAACCGGGCUCACAAUUCAUAAACCAUCAGCCCACUGAGUAUCCCAACCUGCAGGAGUACAUUGUACCAUCUUCAAAAGUUUUAAAUAUGACGCAGUACAACAUGCCUCCUAUGUACGGAGAACCUGACGCCCAGACAAUGCAUAGGUUUGAUCAGAACAGGAUGACAAAUACGGACAAGAGUAUUGAUACUACUGAGAGACCUGUUCUGAAAGAGGACCUUGUGCCGGAAAUAACUAGGAUAGUUGAGAAUGAUGCCGGAGAGUUUAUUAACGUGUCUGCAAACAGUUCUCAUAAUUCUCAGAACUCUGAUCCCGCAGCUGUUAACAAUAAUAUAGCUGAGAAAGAUUCUGACAAUGAUGUGAGUAUCCUAGAAAGAACUGCUUCCAAGGUUGAUGAAGAUUCCCAGGAGAUAUACACCUCUAACAAUCUCAGAGCUGCUCAGGAACUAACUGAUUCCAAGAAUGUUGAAACUGAUCAAGGAUCAGUAGGAUCCAAGAAAGCUGUAGUUGCUAAAUUAGCUCUUUCUAAUCAAAACAUCGAUUUCUCGGAGUUAGUCGCUGAAGUCACAACUCUGGAUGAAAUUACUGAUCAUAAGGUUGAUGCAGGGCUUCAAAUCCUCAAUGAGAAUAUUGCUGCUACUCUAACUUUCGAAAAUAACGGAGUGGAUGAAGAGUUCGCUGCUGAAACUAAUGAAAACAAAGAAAACAUUACUCUCAAGAAUUUCAAAGUUUCAACUCUCGAGAAAGAAGAAAAUAUUCCUGAGAAAAAGAAAUGUAAAGCUUCAGUGUUAUCAUCAACCCCUAGAAAUGCUAAUCCAAGUGAUGUUGUGGAGUCUACUGUUCUAACUUCAACUCCUAGGAGAACGAGAACUAACCAGAAUGUCAAAUAUGCCAAGGGAAGAAAGAAGAGUUCAAGUUUUCAUGAUCUAGUAGAAGAAAUAAACAUAGACGAAACUAAUUCUUGCACAAUUUGUUAUGUUCAACUCUCUCCUGUCGACGUUGAACACUCCAUUAGUGCUUACACUAGAACCAAGAGCGGAGCUGGUUCUUCAAGUUUUGUCCCUAGAUCUCCAGGGAACAAUGCUUCCAGAAUCAAACCAAGCAAUAUGAGAAGCUACCUGUUCCAGAAGGAGAAGGAAGUAUUGAUUCAGCAUUCUACUUCAGUUGAUGAAGGUAAUCAUGCUUCUCUAUCCCCAGCAGUUAACUCGCGUAAGAGAAGUAGGACCUUCCUCAAUGAGAAUAUUGUUGCUACUCUAACUUUCGAAAAUAACGGAGUGGAUGAAGAGUUCGCUGCUGAAACUAAUGAAAACAAAGAAAACAUUACUCUCAAGAAUUUCAAAGUUUCAACUCUCGAGAAAGAAGAAAAUAUUCCUGAGAAAAAGAAAUGUAAAGCUUCAGUGUUAUCAUCAACCCCUAGAAAUGCUAAUCCAAGUGAUGUUGUGGAGUCUACUGUUCUAACUUCAACUCCUAGGAGAACGAGAACUAACCAGAAUGUCAAAUAUGCCAAGGGAAGAAAGAAGAGUUCAAGUUUUCAUGAUCUAGUAGAAGAAAUAAAAAUAGACGAAACUAAUUCUUGCACAAUUUGUUAUGUUCAACUCUCUCCUGUCGACGUUGAAUACUCCCUUAGUGCUUACACUAGAACCAAGAGCGGAGCUGGUUCUUCAAGUUUUGUCCCUAGAUCUCCAGGGAACAAUGCUUCCAGAAUCAAACCAAGCAAUAUGAGAAGCUACCUGUUCCAGAAGGAGAAGGAAGUAUUGAUUCAGCAUUCUACUUCAGUUGAUGAAGGUAAUCAUGCUUCUCUACCCCCAGCAGUUAACUCGCGUAAGAGAAUUAGGACCAUCCUUCCUCUAGGAGUUCUUUUUAACAAGUCAAACAGCGGAAUGAAAGAGGAUACAUGUGUGAUGAGAACAAGAAACACAGAUGAUGAGAAUCUCAAACUAAUUGACUCCAAGAUUAAUCAGAACCUGGACCAGGAAGAAGAAAUUACGGUGCUUCAGCAGAACGAAGGGGAAGAGAAAGAAGUUUCGAUAAUUGAACAGGAGAACGAAAGAGGAGAAGAUGUGAAGAUUAACCAGAGGAAAGUGAGCGGAGAAGAAGAUGUGAAGAUUAACCAGAGGAAAGUUAGCAGAGAAGAAGAUGUGAAGAUUAACCAGAGGAAAGUGAGCAGAGACGAAGAUGUGAAGAUUAAACAGAGGAAAGUUAGCGGAGAAGAAAAUGUGAAUAGUAAUCAGAAGAAAGCGAGAGGAAAAAAAGAUACAGUGAUUUAUCAGUACGAAGUUGAAGAGGAAGAAGUUUCGACAAUUGACCAGAAGAAAGUGAGAGGAAAAGAAAUUGCGAAGAUUAAACAGAAGAAAUCGGAAUUGGAAAAGGUUGGGAAGAUUAAGCAGAAGAAUGUGGAAGGAAACAAGGUUGAGAAGAUAGUAUCCCCAGAUCUGUUGCUUGAGAACUGUAUCUUUGUUGGUUGCAAUAGAAGUUUCAGAACCAAUACCGGGCUUACAAACCAUCUCAGAAGUCAUUUUAAGGAUGAGCUGAAGCAAGAACGUAAGCAUGAGCAGGGACGUGAAACAGUUUUCUCCUGUAAUCUGUGCUUUAAGCAGUUUACACUCAAGUGUGCCCACAAGAUUCACUUCAUGUCUAAACACAAGGAGUAUGUAGAGUAAUCAUGUUUCUUGGUGACACAUCCGCUGUUGCCAUUUUUUUAGUGUAAAGCUGCUUCUUUCUGAAGUUGCUUAUAGUUAACAUUUUAAUAUGUACAAAGAAAAUUUUAUGUAAAAUUUGGCUAAUUUUUUUUAAUGUAGAAAUAAACAAGUGUGUCAUAAAA